AUGAAGUUCAGAGCUGUUAUGAUUGAUGCUGGUCCAAUGAGAGAAUUUUCAAAUAUUGUGACCACAAUUUCGAAGUUCUCAAAAGAGUGUGUUUUGAGAUUAUCUAAAGAACAGAUUUAUUUUAUAGUGAGUGAUGAUACUAGUGGCCCAUCACCUCCCAUCCUAUGGUGCGAGAUACCACAAGCAAUGUUUUUCUCAGAAUAUCAAUUAAUAGGCGUUGACGAUGAGCAUAAGGAUAUAUAUCUUGGAUUUAUUUCAGCUAAUUUAGCCAGACCGUUAUUGACACUGAAAUCGGCAAAGUCUUUGAAGAUGAAAUUGACAAAGAAACAAUGUCCAUGUCUAACUUUAGAAAUUGAAAUGCCCUCUUCAAUGUCCCAGCAGACAAGACAAGUUACUCAUGACAUACCUGUUACAGUAGUGCCAAGGAAAAAUUGGUCAGAUUAUCAUGAACCUCAAGUGCCAAAACCUGAUAUAUCAAUAGAGUUGCCAAGUUUGAAGCAACUUCGAAACACUAUAGAUCGCAUGCGGACUAUGGCAUCUGAUGUAGUAAUAAGAGCCUCUGCUGAAGGAAGGCUUACGUUGCAGAUAAAAACUGACAUGGCUAAAGUAUCCACCAGGUUUAAAGGACUCAGAGUUGAUACAUUUGAAGGACCCAUAGACCAUUCGGAUUCGGAGACAGAGAGUCAAAUAAACGAGGACUUAUCACAAGUCUGUUCUUGUAGAGUUGAUGCUAAGAAACUGUCAAUGUUCCUAAGUGCGGAUCAGAUAUCGCACAAUCGGAUAAUUUGUUGCAUAGUACACAAACGUUUGGUGAUAUUGUGCUUACAAACGGACGAAAAUGUUCAGUUGCAGUGCUUUAUUACUGGGAUUGUUUAU